GCGAAUGACAGCUGUCAAGCUUUUAUCGAUUAUUGAUUUUUUGGGAACUAGCAAAUCGCAAUUUAUUUUAGAAGUGUUGUGACUAGGAAGGUUUUAAAACAAUGUCGUAAAUAGUAUUUUAUUAAUAUAUAGAACGUAAGCGUGAAAAUUAGCGGGGGUGAUUAAGUACUUGUGUUAGAUAAAAUGUGGUUGUAAAAUAAAAACGUCGCGAUGGCGGCUGACACAGCGGUAACAUCGAGCCCUGAAGAGACUCUCGCAUCUCUUCUUCGAGAAGCAGAGGCUCUUAAACAGAAAUUGGAAGAAGAGCGACAGAAGUUAAACGAUGUCACAUUGUCUAGUGUGGCUGAGCGUCUGGAGCCCAUUACCAUUAACAACUUGAAAGUUCGUCGCAUCCUGAAGGGGCACCAGGCGAAGGUUCUGUGCUGUGACUGGUCUCCAGACAAGAGACACAUCGUCUCCUCCUCUCAGGAUGGUAAGCUGAUAAUCUGGGAUGCGUUCACCACCACCAAAGAGCUGACCAUCAGCAUGCCCAGCACGUGGGUGAUGGCCUGUGCCUACGCUCCCUCUGGCAACAUGGUAGCCGCUGGUGGUUUGGAUAACAAGGUGACGGUGUUCCCGCUGGGCGGGGGUGGGGCGGGCGGCAGCGAGGAGGAGCCGGCGGGGCGCAAGCGCACGGUGGCCACGCACACCUCCUACAUGUCCUGCUGCCUGUUCCCCAACACCGACCGCCAGAUGCUCACCGGCAGCGGCGACGGCACCUGCGCGCUCUGGGACAUCGAGUCGGGGCAGCUGUUGCAGAGCUUUCAGGGCCACUCGGCGGACGUGAUGUCGCUGGACCUGGCGCCGAGCGAGAUGGGCGACACGUUCGUGUCGGGCGGCUGCGACCGCGCCGUGCUGGUGUGGGACAUGCGCUCGGGCCACGCCGUGCAGGCCUUCGACACGCACCAGUCCGACGUGAACAGCGUGCGCUUCCACCCGGCCGGCGACGCCGUGGCCAGCGCGUCCGACGACUCGUACUGCCGCCUGUUCGACCUGCGCGCCGACCGCGAGGUGGCCCGCUACGGCAAGCCCAGCCUGCUGUUCGGCGCCAACUGCGUGGAGUGGUCGCUCAGCGGCCGCCUCGUGUUCGCGGGCUACGGGGACUACACGGCCUGCGCCUGGGACGCGCUGCGGGCCGCGCGCUGCGCCGUGCUGGCCGCGCACGAGCACCGCCUGGCGCACCUGCGCCUCGCGCCCGACGGCACCGCGCUCGCCACCGCCUCCUGGGACGCCACGCUGCGGAUCUGGGCGUGAGCUGCGCCUGAAGGAUCCGAGCGACACAUUCCCCAACCAGCCAACAGUAUUGAGCGCCGGGACGAGACGUUCUCAUCUUACUAUAUAGUAUUUUAUGCAAUAAUAUGUUAAGUGAUAUUAUUGGUGUGAAAAUAAAACGUUCUACCGUCGUUAUUCUUAAAAGCGCACACCCAGUUGAAGGCGAGCGUUAGCUUAGUUAAUUAAAAAAUUCCAUCCGACGCGGAUCAGAUUAUUAGUUUCGAAAAGCGAGAGAUAUAAUAUAUGUGUGUAGUCGAAACCUGACAAUACAAAACUAACUGAACGUAAGGAAACAAUAUGUCUGCGGAGUGCGGCCGCGUUUCCCGCCUUUUGUAGUGACCGUUUGUUUUAUUUACAAUUACGAUGUAAACUAAAUAUGACACGAGCGAGCGACACACAGCCCCGAUUCGGGCGACGAGCUCGUGUGUGAUGGAGCGCAAGUGAGUAGAAUGUUCAAAGAAAUUAUAAUUAUAAUGUAGGAUACGAAGCCGCGGGUCCCGGCCGAGCGAGAUUUAGUCAUUGUUAGUUUGUGUCACUUCUUACUCAAAGUUCCGUCUACUCCUAACUAGCUGUUAGCCCGCUAUCCGUUCAGUUCCCGUGUUGGAAUGUAACACGUGUAUAUAAUUUAUUCCGAAUAUUUACGUGAAUAAUAUGUAUUUACAUUCGGUUUGAAUCUGUUUUCUGAACGUGAAGUCGUUGAAGAGAGUGUGAAUGAGUGAUGUCGGGUAUCGGGAUGCAAUCCCUUCGUAAGAGACGAGACGUCAUUCAUAAGAAGCGGUUGUGUCUAACGUGUAGAAACGAAGCUCGUGUUCAGACGCGAAAUGAAAAUCUCAUAUAUAAAGAAAUAUAACGUUAAUUUGUUUUUAAUGAACUUCAAAUAAUAGAUGGGCAUCCCCAGUCAGCCGGCGGCCGGUGCCGGGGACGAGUCGAGUGCUCUCCUGUAUGACACAUUGUAUAUAAGUCCCAACGCGUAGCAGACCUAUCGUUAAGUGAAUAUUAUUGUUUAAUGUUUCCUAAGAUUUUCUAUAUUUAUUUGUAAUCGAAAGUACGAUGUUCUGAAAAUCGCUGGAAUGUGAUCGUUGUUAGAUUUGUUGUUCUCAUUUUGUGAAUAUUGAAAGCGCGUGUCAUCCUCGUAUUUUGACUAUCAAUAAAGUGAAUGUUAUCAUA